AUGCCUUCUCGGACAGAAGAACUGCCAACUCGAACAAGAGAUCCCCUGCAAACCGCAGGGACUCCUCAAUGUCUCCCAGUCAGCAACCCUGGCGAGACCAUUUGGCAGACGACCAAGCACAAGCUGCAUGACCACCGUUCAACAGAACAACUGCCCGAGUACAGUGAUAUUGUCAUCAUAGGUGCUGGUUACGCUGGUGUCAGUACCGCCUACCACCUCGUCAAGGAUCAUGGCGGCUCAAAUAAGUCAAUCGCCAUUUUAGAAGCUCGCGGAGCUUGCUCGGGCGCAACUGGUCGAAACGGUGGUCACGCCAGACCCGACUUUUAUGGUCACAUUCCCACAUACAUUGACCGCGCGGGAGAUCGAGCAGGGGCUGAAAUAGCCGAAUUCGAGAUCAAGAAUCUAAGCGCCGUGAAGAAGAUUAUCGAGCAAGAAAAGAUUGAUUGUGAUUUUACUCUGGCCCGAUCGAUCGAUGUUUGGUGUAACGCAGAGGCUGCCGAGAAGGCUAAAUCUGUAUAUGACCAAAUGGUUGCCAGAGACUUUGAGUAUAUGAACGAUGUUGUUUUCUAUGCAAAUGAUAAUGCGGAAGGAAUCUGUGGUGUGAAAGGUGCCAAAGCCUGUGCCAGCUUCACUGCAGGGACAAUGUGGCCCUACAAAUUCAUCAUGCAUUUAGUCGAGCUGAUUGUUGAUGCUGGUGUCAAUCUUCAGACCAAUACGCCCGUUACAUUAGUGACUGCCGACACCGUGACAGGAGCUGGGUAUAUCAUCGACACCCCUCGAGGCAAGAUGCGUGCUGGGAAGGUUGUUUACGCAAACAAUGCAUAUGUUUCAUCUCUCCUCCCACAGUACAGAAAAAAUAUCGUCCCAUGCAAAGGCAUAUGCUGCCACAUCACAGUCCCUGAUGGAGUGACGCCACCUCUCCUCAACAACUCAUAUAUUAAUCGAACUGAAGACAACGUCCUUUCAUAUCUGAUUCCACGGGCUGACGGCAGUAUCGUCGUGGGAGGUGCCGCGGCCGUAUUCCGGAAGCACGAGGACCAGUGGUACGACAAUGUGGACGAUAGCAUUCUCAUAGAUUCUGCCAAGGACUAUUACAAGAACUAUAUGCAGACAACAUAUCGAGGAUGGGAGAACACCGGAGCCAAGAUCGAGAAGAUCUGGACUGGAGUAAUGGGCUACUCCUAUGACUCCAACCCUCAUAUUGGCAGUGUCCCUGGCAGUGAUAAAGACCAAUAUAUCCUUGCGGGAUUCAAUGGCCAUGGUAUGCCGGUGAUCUGGCUAUCUUCGAAGGAACUGGCCAAGAUGAUCAUGCAAGAUAUUCCUUUCGAACAAACUAGCAUGCCUCGAUUGUUUCAAACUUCCCAAUUCCGAAUCGACCGUGCUUUGAAUGGGAAGACUGAGGAUGGUGAUAUUUUGGGAAGUGGUAAAUUUCCAGCCACCAAGCCUUAA